AGAUAUCAAUGAAAAAAGGAAACAAAAGGAAUAGAAUAUUUAAUUCGGAAUCGAACAAUCGUUAUACAUGUUAAUGGAUUAUUAGAUUAAUUGAUUUAUACAAAUAAUGUAAUCCAUACUUCCUAUUUAAUGUAUAUACAUAAUUUGUUGAGUUAUAUAUUGCAACAAUUAUACGGCAUUCUUUUAUGCAAUUCAUCUAUUUAUACAAGAAGGAUAAAUUUCGAUCGAAAAAUGCCAUGGUUACUUCAUGACUAACAAAUGGCUUCUACAGCUUUACUUCUUUGGUUAAUGCAGCAAUUACUCGCAGUUUUGAGCUCAAAUUCAGCGAGUGCAGAUGGAAUGUAAGAGAAGAAUCAAUAUCAGUUUACACAUUUGUUACGAAGAGAACAAACUUGAAGAUUACAUUUAGAAAAGAAAUUCUCGCAAUCAUUUAUAUUAAUUUUAAAGUGAUUAGUAACAAUUAGUAUGUAAAUUAUGAUAUAAAUUGUUUUUCUCUCACAAAUAUCUAUUAAUCGUGUUCAGCUUGAAAAUUCAAGGAUUUUAAAGGUAAAAUGUGGAAAAGAGGAUGGUUGUAUCACGCCACAGAUUUUCAAUCUUUAAUGUACCCCUGUUUCAUCGUUUGUCGCAUUCUCGGAACGCUUCCGUAUAAGAUUAAUGCUUCGACUUUCGAGAUUUCAAAACCGUACUACAUCUUAUCGACCGUGAUUGUCUGCGUGAUUGGCUGCAUUUACAAUCUGGUACUCAUUUACAAUUUGAUUUCUAAAAUCAAUUCAAGAAACGUGACCAGAACUCUUGAGGCUCUCUGUUACCAUAUAUGCAGCAGUUUCAUACUGAUCAUUACGCAUAUCUUGAGCGGUCCACGAAUGCGAUUGCUGCAGACUAUUUUGAAGAUCUCUUCGAAAUUGUCCUCAAAGUCAUAUCAAAAAUUAUCCAGAUUAAUCUACGUCAAGGACAUUUGGGGUACUACAACCGUGAUCGUGCAAACAAGCAUAUAUUUUUACAAAAUAUCAAUAUUUGACUAUUCGAAUAUUCUGAACACGAUAUUAGCAAUAUAUUACAUCAUACUGAUGUUUCAGACAAGUAUGCUGUAUAUAAAUUGUGUUUGUGUAUUAAAAGCAUGUUUCAAGAGUAUUAAUGAUAAUCUGGAGCACAUGCAGAGACUCGUGGUAAACGAUACAAAAUCAUGUGUCCCUACAUUUAUUGGCCACCUACAGAGAAAUCAAUUUUUCCUAAUAGCAGAACUCAAAGCUCUAAAAAAAUGGCAUCUUAUGAUCAGCGAUUCAGUGCAAACGCUAAACAUAAUCUUUAUACGCUGGCAAGAUAAUGGGAUACUUAUUAGUUUUGAUAGACACCUAUUCGACACAUCUAUAAUGGCCUUAGCAUAUCACAUUGGACAUUUGGUGUUUAUUGUGUGGGUCUGCGAGACCGGCAAGAAUCAGGCCCAAGAGAUUCGUACCACUAUUCACGAUCUACUUAACAACACUAGCGAUGAGCAAAUCAAAGAUGAGGUAAUAAAGUUGCAGGUAUUUUCCUUACAAAUACUACACCGCAAAAAUAUAUUUUUUGCCAAAGGUCUCACUAUAGAUGCGACGCUUCUUACAACAAUGUCCGGCAGCAUCACAACGUACAUGUUGAUAUUAAUACAAUUCUUAAUUACGUCACAUUCUUGCGAUAAAAAAUCUGUAUUC